CUAAAUCCUAAAUUAAAACGGUUGUAGGAUCCUGAGUUUAAUUUAAUGCUAAAAAAAACAAAUACCGAAAAGUUCAGACUUUUUAAUAUUAACGUUAAAUUGAAAACAUUAGCCUGCACCUGAUUCCUGAUUUGAAUGAUAGUAAUGAAUAUGUCAGUUUUCUUGCUGAGGUUGCCUCUGCUAGAAAUGUCAGUGCUGUUCUUAGAUGAGAAAUAGAAAUAGAAAAGAUUGUUUGGUCCAACCUGCUUAAAUAAAAACUGAUUAUGUGUUAAUUGGAGAAAAGGGGAAUAUGUCAUGUUGACAUGUUGCAAUUUAUAUAUUUAAGCACUGGAAAAUACAGGAUAAGGAAACAAACAACUAAAAAAACAUAACAACCACACAAAUAACACUUAGAGGGCUGCUGUGUCUAAACUGAAAUGAUGAAAUAAAUGUAUAGUCUUGGUUAAUUUGUUGUCGUUCUUUUUAAAUUUUCCAUGCUGUUCCAGUCACUUUCUCCAUUCAUCCCGGAUGUUUUGCCCCCUUAGAUGAUAGUCGGGCUUUAGAGAAGUUCAUUUUGAAGGCGUUCUUAUUUAGAAAAACACAUUUGAACAGUAAAAAAAACUAUGGUUAUUACGCUACGAAAUGUUCUAAAAAAUAAAGCUCUGACAAAAACGUAAAAUUCGCUUUUCUUUUGCUGAGUAACAUUUGUGAUAGUAAUCUUGAUGACGCAUUUCCGGUAGAUGUGGUGGUUACGUCAUAUUUGCUCGCCGCCGGAGAACGCUAAAUGACUGAUAAAAUGCCAAUUUGCUGGCUUAUCAGUAAGAAAGGAACUCACAGACCCAUCCAGCUGCCGCAUUUACAGACAGUCGUGUUGGGUCGAGGCCCAGAAACGACUAUCAAAGACAAAAAAUGCUCCAGGCAACAAGUUGAGCUGAAAGCUGAAUGCAACAAAGGUUAUGUGAAAGUUAAACAGCUGGGUUUAAACCCCACCUCUGUGGACUCUGCGGUGGUGGGAAAGGGCAACGAGGUGAAAAUGAAGCCUGGACAGCAUCUUCACGUUGUCAAUCAGCUUUACCCAUACACUGUCCAGUUCAAAGAAGAUCUCACUGGAAACGACAAGAGAGACAGAAGACCAAGAGAGCCUACAGAAGAGGAUGGAGAAAAACAGAAAAGCACUCUGACUAUGAAAGCAACAAUACACACAGAAAAGGAUGCCGUGUCAGGCAGUCCUGUAGAAGCUACAAAAACAAAUGUAAGUGUUGGACAUUGGAGCCAAGGCCUGAAGACUUCAAUGCAAGACCCCAGUAUGCAGGUUUACAAGGAUGACCGAGUAGUUGUCAUUACAGACAAAUACCCCAAAGCCCGCUACCACUGGCUAGUCCUUCCAUGGCAGUCGAUUCCCAGUUUGAAGGCGUUGCGUGAAGAGCACUGUGACCUGCUGAAACACAUGCAGCAGGUCGCUGAUCGUAUGGUUCAACAAUGCCCAGAUUCGGGUUCGGUACGCUUCAGAAUGGGGUACCACGCCAUCCCGAGCAUGAGUCACAUUCACCUCCAUGUGAUCAGCCAGGACUUCGACUCUCCCUGUUUGAAGAACAAAAAACACUGGAACUCUUUUACAACCGACUACUUCAUGCCGUCUCACGACGUCAUCCGGAUGCUUGAAACAGACGGGAGGGUGACGGUUAAAGAAGGCACCAGUGAGCUGUUGAAGCUGCAUCUCCGCUGCCACGUGUGUCACAGAGAGAUUCCCACCAUACCUGCUCUGAAGGAGCACAUCAAAUCUCACUUUUCCAAAUGACACAUUGGUUUAAAGAACUUUACAAGUUCUUUGUUCCUAUUUUGUAGAAAAAUGUUUAGUUUCAGCAAAAACUAAAAAUAUUCAAAUAACAAAAGUGUCGAUUAUUUCAGUUGAAUUUUUAACAACGUGUCACAUCAGGCAUUAGGACAGUUAAGUCCAAGUUGUUUUUGUUACCAUUAUCGUUACAUAUGCUGCAUUAAAGGCUAUCUAAGAGCUAAA